CAAAAUCUCUGUUGUAACUUACGUUGCGUAAUCGACCAAUGGAAUAGCAAAGUGUCGUGACGCCACUUCCUGACCGGUAGUUUUGCGGGAAGUUUGGUCGUCACAGAGCUGAACUCACCGUGAGGAAUAACCAGCGAAGUGAAGAUGCCUCCUAAAGGCAGAGCUCCAGCUAAAAGGAAGCUGGCAGAGGAGUUCCCAGCCGGGGAGGUCCUCAGAGACACCGGGAAGAAGGCCUGGAAGCUGGGGGCUCCGGUCGGCCAGGGGGGGUUUGGACUCAUAUAUCUGGCUGAGGAGAACUCUGACAGACCCGUGGCUGCAGAUGCUCGCUAUGUCAUCAAAGUGGAGCCCAGUGACAAUGGACCACUGUUCUCUGAGCUCAAGUUUUACAUGAGAGCUGCUAAGCCUGAUCUGAUUCAGACCUGGAUGAAAUCUCACAAGUUGAAGAGUCUGGGAGUUCCAAGAUACUGGGGCUCAGGUCUGCACGAGAAGGGAGGGAAAAAGUAUAGGUUCAUGGUUAUUGACCGGCUUGGCACAGACCUGCAGAAGAAGUUUGAAGAAUGUGGAAGAAGAUUCCCCAGAAAGCUGGUCCUACAGCUCGGUCUUCGGCUGCUGGACAUUCUGGAGUACAUCCAUGAUCAUGAAUAUGUGCAUGCUGACAUCAAGGCAUCCAACCUCAUGCUGAGCCACAGUGAUCCCAACCAGGUUUACUUGGUAGAUUAUGGGCUGGCAUACAGGUAUGCACCUGACAGUGUCCUGAAAGAGUACAAGGAAGACCCCAAGAGAUGUCACGACGGCACCAUAGAGUUCACAAGCAUCGACGCCCACAAAGGAGCAACUGCGUGCAGGCGGAGUGACCUGGAGAUCAUGAGCUACUGCAUGGUUCAGUGGCUUUGUGGACGCCUGCCCUGGGAGGACAAGCUGCAGGACCCCCUCUAUGUCAGAGACUCCAAAAUCAGGAGUCAAGAAAACAUCUCUGAAUUUAUGACCAAGUGUUUCUCCAGCCAGGACAAGCCAGAUGAAAUCCAGAGGUUCAUGGAGGAGGUUAAAUCUCUGGAAUACCAAGACAAGCCGCCGUACGACAAGCUGCGCUCCAUCCUGCAGGCUGGACUCAAGGCUGUACAGGCUAAAGAUGAUGGCAAGCUGGAAUUCACCCCUGCCAAUGGAGCUGUACCACCUCCUGCCAAGGUUGGACACACAGACACACAGACACACACACACACACACACACACACAGAAACAUAUAGCAUGAUGACUGUCCUCCUUAAACAUGAUCAAUUCUCCCUGACAGAUGUGAAUGGAGUAAAGAAAAGUCCCAAAAAGACUCAAAGACCAAGGAAGGCACUGAGCACUGCAAAACAGAGCGAGCCCAAAUCUAGACUGGUGGAGAUGGGCACACAAACGUCACCUGGGCUGGCCCUGAAUUCCAGAGGCAGGACCAAGAAAUCCACCUGAGUCUCCAUUCCUCCCUCCAUCCUCCCGUCUGUCCUCUGCUUCUUAAUGUCACUUUUUUAAGUUUUCUAAAAUUCUCUGUCUGUUACGCACUGACGUGUUGCUUUGUUUUUGGUGUGGUUGGAGUUAGAUCGAUUGUAAUAAAAUAAAUGAAAGUGUCCGUCUUGU